AUGUCUGGACUGACGACUGGGCUAAAGGUUCCUUCUGGAAAAGGAGAAAGAGUGAUUGUCACCCACGAAGGUAGUGACACUGGCUUCGUGUCCGGUUGCCUGGACUUGUUCCGUGGGAAAAAGAAGGGGGACUACCACGAUGAAAUGGACUCGAGCAGGGUUGAAGCAUGGUUUAUUCAUCUGCUGGACCACAUCGAGUCUAACGGCGUAAUUGUUAUAGACAACGCGCCAUACCACAGCAGAAAGGCUGAAGCUGUUCCCACAACUGCAACAAAGAAGGGCGAGAUCCCGCAGUGGCUCUCUUCCAAGAACCUAGACUGGACUGCCACAAAGAAGAAAAAAGACCUUCUGAGCAUUGUGGCACCGGUGAAGGAUCGCUACACAAAGUACAAAGUUGACGUCAUGGCUACGGACGCCGGACACACAGUGUUGAGGCUCCCACCGUACCAUUGCGAACUAAAUCCCAUAGAGUUGACAUGGGCACGAGUCAAGCAGGAGGUCGCCCCCAAGAACAUCACAUUCAAGCCCAAUGACGCCGAUCGGCUCUUGAGGGAAGUAGUGGACAACGUAACAGCUGUCCAUUGGCAUGACUGUGAAGAGCUUGUGAAAAAAAUGGAGGCGAAGUUUCGAGGAUGUGAUGUCCCAGAGUAG